UCCCUUCCCUCCAUCUCUCCGCAUCUCUCCAACCCUGGUCGGCAGCAACCCGGGAAAGAUCCUCUGAAAGUGCCAAGCCGGCAUCUCGCAACCUUUAGCGCCGCUCCUCGCUUUUCUCGUGUUCAAAGUCCCCGCCUGCCUUAUUUGUCCUCUCGGCAUCCCUCCCGCCGCCUCUGUCUCCUGCUUUUUUUUUUUUUAACCGCGCCCGCCGCGAAUGGAUUUGCCCACCAGCCAGUGCAAAAAAGUCAAGCUGAGCAACAAAGUGCAGAGCUGGGGGAUGCAGAGAGCUACCAAUGUCACCUAUCAAGCCCACCAUGUUAGCAGAAAUAAGAGGGGCCAGGUGGUGGGGACCAGAAGUGGAUUUCGGGGAUGCACAGUAUGGUUAACAGGACUAUCUGGAGCUGGAAAGACCACUGUUAGUAUGGCACUUGAAGAAUAUCUAGUAUGCCAUGGCAUUCCAUGCUACACUUUAGAUGGUGACAACAUCAGACAAGGCCUCAAUAAGAAUCUAGGUUUUUCACCAGAAGACAGAGAAGAAAAUGUACGUCGGAUUGCUGAGGUUGCUAAAUUAUUUGCGGAUGCUGGCUUGGUGUGCAUUACUAGCUUUAUUUCUCCUUAUGCCCAG